UAAACUAACCAAUAGUGAACGCUCUGGGUAACAAGGUUAAUUUCGCUAUAUUCGUUAUAUUUACACAAUCGCAACAUCGAAUUGCUAUUUGUGUAAAAUGGUAUGUCUAUAGUAGAAUUUACAACCCAAUUAAAAUUAAAAUGCACACAAAAAUAAAGAUUCCAGAACCUCUGAAGCCAAGAGUGGUGCUGUGGGCGGAUGCUGGGUAUUCUGACAUGUGCGACAUCGAUAAAGCCCAAUCCAUCCCGGACUUGGAAAGGGUUCUCUGCAGGGUGCUCCAGGUGGAGCUCCGAGGGCCGCCGGGGGAGGUGCUGCUCGCGCUCUACGUCCAGACCGUCCAGUUCUGCCGGCGCAGCGGCUUCAGCCGCGAGCAGACGUCUGUCCUGCUGUCCGUCAUGAAGCGCGUGCACCAGCUCAACACAGGAACCUCCCUGAACAACGUGAAGCAGUGCUGGGACUACUGCACUGAGCUGCUACUCUGCCACUCCGUGCGGCGACCCCCUUUCAGCGUUGACCUUCUGAAAUCCCACGAGGUGACUCGGAUUCUGGAGCACGUGAACAACACGUACAUGAGGAACUACACCCUCUACAAAUACAUCUUCACCCCCCAGGUGCGACUGGAUCUAGCGCUGUCUUAUGGAGGGACAGCGGACCCCCUCCCUGCGGACGACCCCCCCUCCCCAGACAGAGAAACAGAAGCGGUGGGUUCCCCACAGGCCACCCAGAACCAGGAGACCCCCCAGAUCCCGGGCCCCGUCGAAGCAGCACCUGGCUCCAGGGCCGCUCUGAGGCAGGUGGUGCAGCGGGCGCUCUCGGAGGAGCUCCAGCGUGUGUCAGCUCAGCUGGACCAGAGUCUGAGGGAGAGCUGUGAGCAGCUCAACAGCCGGCUCUCCCAGGCCUCGUCCCAGGGCCGGGCCCAGCCCCAGGCCUAGCCCCAGGGUUAGCCCUAGCCCCAGGGCUAGCCCUAGCCCCAGGGCUAGCCCUAGCCCCAGGGUUAGCCCUAGCCCAAGGGUUAGCCCUAGCCCCAGGGUUAGCCCUAGCCCCAAAGGUUAGCCCUAGCCCCGGGGCUAGCCCUAGCCCCAGGGCUAGCCCUAGCCCCAGGGCCAGACUAACAUAUAAGCACAAGAUAUAAUAAAUGCGGGCCGACCUUUCAGAUGUGGACGUCAGAAAGUGGAUUCUCCUUUAACUCUUAGAUUAAACCAACCAACACUUUAACUCUUAGAUUGAACCAACCAACACUUCUCUCUCUCGCUCUCACAAAUGAUAAGCCUUUAAUAAGUAUUUUUUGUUUUUACUUUUUAUUCAUAUUAAUAUAAAUAAAUCAAC